AAAGUAUGACAGUUGCAGGAAAAGGAGUGUUGAUGGUUGUGUUGGGUUUGACAUUACAAUAAUUUUAUGGUUGUGUUUUGUGUAAUGAUGAAAGAAUAAAUGAGUGAUUCAUAACUUAAGUGCUUUUAAUUGCUGUAAAUAAUUAUAUUAUUUUAUUAGCCUCAAAAUGUCACUGAGUGCAAGUGCGGAGAACUUAACGUUUGAAACACAGGAUUAUGAUGGAUCAAGCAAUAUGUGCUUAGAACUUGCCCUGGAAGGUGAACGUCUGUGCAAGGCAGGAGACUGCAGGGCCGGUGUGGCAUUUUUUCAAGCUGCUAUUCAGGCCGGAACGGACGAUUUACGAACAUUAAGUGCCAUUUACAGUCAGUUGGGAAACGCAUAUUUUUAUCUAGGAGAUUAUGGAAAAGCGAUGCAAUACCACAAACACGAUCUAACUUUAGCCAGAACUAUGGGUGAUAAACUGGGCGAAGCUAAAUCAUCGGGAAACCUGGGUAACACUCUUAAGGUAAUGGGUAGAUUUGACGAAGCUGUAGUGUGCUGUAAACGGCAUCUAGAGCUUUCAAGAGAAUUAGGAGAUAGGUUAAGUGAAGGUCGAGCUUUAUACAAUUUAGGCAAUGUGUUUCAUGCUAAGGGGAAACACAUUGGUCGAGUGGGACAUAAAGACCCAGGAGACUUUUCUGAUGAUGUGAAAGGAUGUCUACAGCAGGCUGUUAGUUAUUAUGAGGAAAAUUUGUCCUUAAUGAAAGAACUAGGUGACGUUGCUGCACAAGGAAGAGCUUGUGGAAAUUUGGGCAAUACAUUUUAUUUGCUGGGAGAUUUUGCUCAAGCCAUACAUUACCAUGAAGAACGGUUAUCAAUUGCGAGGCAGUUUGGAGAUAAAGCUGCUGAAAGACGGGCACAUAGUAACCUGGGAAAUUCGCAUAUUUUUAUGGGACAGUUUGAGGAAGCGGCUCAUCAUUACAAACGAACGUUGGCUCUCGCACAAGAGCUAGGUGAUCAUGCAGUAGAAGCUCAAGCCUGCUAUAGUCUGGGCAACACUUACACUUUGUUACGAGAUUACGAAACUGCCAUAGAAUAUCAUUUACGACACCUUCUGAUCGCACAAAACCUUGCUGACCGCAUCGGCGAAGCUAGAGCUUGUUGGUCCUUGGGAAAUGCUCAUGCGUCUCUGGGAAAUCACGAGAAAGCUUUACAGUUUGCUAAGAAACAUUUGGAAAUUAGCAAAGAGUUAGGGGAUCCAAUGGGUGAAGCUACAGCGAAAAUGAACGUGGCGGACUUGAGAAAAAUUUUAAAUUUACCGGAAAGUCCUGAGUCGAUCUGUGAAACUCCUUCUUCCAAAAGUGCGUCUCCUAAAGAACCUCAAAUGAACGACGUCACUCACCAGAGGAUACAUAGGGUGAGACGAGAAAGCAUGGAACAGCUUAGCCUUAUUAAGUUAACUCCAGACGGAAAACAAAGACCCGGCCUAACACUCCCUCCAAUGAAGGCACCAUCUCCAACCAAAAACGAAGACGAUGAUUCUUUCUUCGAUUUGCUGUCGCGAUUCCAAUCCAAGCGUAUGGACGAUCAGCGUUGUUCUCUGACUGUGGACAACAAGGAGAAUACCAACGUAGUUAAUCUGCCUCGGAAUGAAGGACCAGACGACCUGAUAGACAUGAUUGCCGGAAUGCAGAGUAAGAGAAUGGACGAGCAAAGAGUGGCUUUGCCUCAUCUGCCGGGGUUACAGUCGUCUUCUCUUCAAAGGCUAGCCGAAUCUAGGAAUAAUAGCGUACCAGAUGAUAAUUUCUUAGAUCAGUUGGUUAGGUGUCAAGGCUCCAGGCUUGAGGAUCAAAGGUCACCUCUACCAGUACCUGCCGUAGACGUAGAAGCCGAUCCACCACCAGCUAAUUCCAGAAAAAGUGGAGCAACUGUACCAGAUGAAGAUUUCUUCUCUUUGAUUAUGAGGUUCCAGUCAGGGAGAAUGGAUGAUCAAAGAGCUGCGGUGCCUCGGGUUGAGCACAGGAUGGCUAAUGGUAACGUUCCGCACGCAACAAAUGGUAUUAGUAAUAACUUCAAAAGCAAUUCUUCUGGAAAGAAGAAAAAAUAAUUAGGUAUGUUAAGUAACAAAAAAAUAUUUAAAAACCCCAUAUCUCGAUUUUUAUUUGUAUUGACUGCCAUUGGAGCGUGUACCCAUGUAAUAUAAAAUGAGCCUAAAGCAAGUUAUAUACAUAUUCUUUUAUAUAGUUUAAAUUUUUAUAUAUUUUUAUAUUAAAAUAAUGUAUGUAUUGAUUUUUUUUAAUUAUGUAUAAUUAUUUUUACUUGUGAUUUGUCCAAGAAAUGUUAAUUUCUUAUCAUAAUAAUGACAGGAAUCAAACUUUCUUAUACAGAUGACAGAAAAUAUAUUGCCGUCACAUCAUUUAACCUGUAUUAAUUAACUUAUGGAUUUGUUGCUCUUGAACUCAUUUUGUUUUUUUACUCGUCGGUUCAUGACAACAUAUUAAAUAGAUUAGAUAAGUGGAUGGUUUUAUGCAGAAGUGGACCAAAUUACAAGCCUUUCCAUUUUUCAUUGCAGUUAGGAGUCUCCUCCUGUCAUAAUAAUACUAAAUGAUGUCUCAAAUUUUAGAAGUACAGUCAUUUUUCGUCUUAAAGUUUUCAGCAAUUGUAAAUUGAUCCAUUUCAAGUUAUACUUAACAACUUGCAUUUGAGUGUGAUGAUGCAAAUCCAAGAGAUUUGGUUUUGCAAAAAUUUAAUCUCAGACCUGAAAGCUCCAAUUUUUCAAUAAACUGAAAAUAAUCGUUAUGUAUAAACUAGGUUUUAAACUAGAGGUGUAUAAUUUGAUGAAACCAAAAAUUGUAAAACGUUUUGGUCUGGUAUUUAAUUUUUUAUGAGAUAGAGUAUUUAAAAAAGAAAUGUUUUGUGGAAGGAUGUUGCUCUCUAUUUUUAUAAAAAAAAAAGUUAAAAUACGUCUUUCCUCAUUAAAAACGUGAAUAUUGUCUAGAGGAAUUUCGUUACUGUUAUCAGCGGUAAUUCAAGUUUCGUUUUCCAAUGUAUACAACUGGUGGAUUAACACUUUUAUGAAAUUUGUUGCCACAUUGUGUUACCGUCGUUUUAAAUUUGUAUAUUUCUCAAGCCAGUUCAAUGCUAAAAGAUGCAUUUAGACUUUGCACAUUCAUUUAUAUGACGUAAAUAUUUCUGCCAUGAAAGUACAACGCGAACUAUAGAAUAGCACAUAAUGGUAUCAAGUUGAAAUUGUGCACCUAGUUAAUAGCAAAAAUACAGAGAAAUUUGAAAUAGUUUUCACAAAGCGUAAUAAUUUGAAAAUCAUUAGCUUCCAUUUACUUGAAAUGUUAGAAAAGCAGAUUAUUAGAUUAUACGUGUAAUUCUUCUGAAUGGGUUAAUGGAGUGCCAAAUGUUAAAAAAUUUGUGGCAACAGAUUUUUUGGUGCAUGUUUACAUAUAGAAUCAUCCCACCUGAAAAUUUAUGAAAAUAAUCUGUCCAUUUGGAUGCUUUAUGCUGUACACAUUGUUACAAAGUAAUGUGAGAACAAAUUAGACAAAUGUUUGCCAAAGAUGUUUAUUCAAAUAUCCACAUGUUUAAUAAUAGACUGUUGAAUUUCUUCCCUCUUUUUAUGAAAGAUUUAUAUGACAUUCAUGUGUUAAUGAUAUGCUGAAAUGUAUUGUUAUUUAUAUGGUACAAAGUAGGAGAAUAAAUUUUAUUAACUGUA